GGGGCCGACGAGGGCCUGGACUCCACGACCCCGCCCGCAGAGGUUCCGGCGAGCGCCUCGCCGACGACGUCGGCCAGGCCCGAGGACCUGAGCGGCCCGGUGAGCCCGUGUUUUGAAACGCAACACGUGCCUUGUUCAAGACUUACACAGCCCGCAUGAUGAGGAUGAGCAGCUGUCCCAAGGGUACCCUUGCAUCUUUGCCUCCUCGGCCCAUCCUUGGCUGUCUUCGCUGGCCGCACUCCACCCGCGAAGUGUGUCGACAUGGCCUGCCGAGGCCCUUUGCAUCCUUAUCGCGCAUCCUGAUGAUACAGGCUGACUGUACGUGCUAGCACGCUGCGUAUUGGCUCGGCACGUGCUGGUCCAAGUGAUGACGAACGCGUCGCGCCAAACGUACGUUUUCAGUCUACGUGCUGUGCUCCGUGCCAAAACGCUAAUUACGUGUUGCGUGUUGCGCAUCGGGGCAGCUACUCCGAGGACUGCUCGAGCGUCGUCGCGGUCGCCGGCGGGCAGGAGGCCCUCAAUGGACUGUACAGGCGGACGGGCACUCUGCAGGGGGGUCGCCCCAUCUACGCCGAUUCCAGCGACCAUCAGUACCUUUAUUUAUCCAGCGAGCUCAAUGCAUGGAGGAUCGGUCCCAACUACAAUGCAAAGUACGCUGCUGUUUCAUCGUCAAUAGGUGACGCGCCUUGCUGUCCAUACAUGGUGACUCCUGGUACGUGGGCUACGUUUGCGGGGGAAAAGUUCCAGAUCAACCCGAAUAUCACCGUGGCAGUCGAGCCCAACGACGACCAACCGUGGGCGGAGUUCUACUCGGACAACUUCUGGGUGGUUGGUUGUCUCAUCCUGACCCUCUUGCUGUUCCUUGCCCUGAGCCUGUUCGAGAGGAGAUGGAAAAAAAGGGCGAAGAUUGACCAGCAUCACUCCGAGGUGAUGCAGGAUGUUCACCAGUUCUCAGAGAAUUUGGUGCGAAAGUUUAUGCCGACCAUGGUCGUGGCGAAGUACCAGUUCCGCGGCAUGAGGCAGCGAAAGAUGAAGGUGGACAUCGCCUUCAAAGAGCUCGCUCUCACGUUGCCAAGCGGGGCCAAGGUGCUGGAAGGUGUGACAGGAGAGUUCGGGGCUGGCAAGAUGUGCGCCAUCUUGGGACCGUCGGGAGCAGGCAAAACAACUUUCAUGAAUGUGUUGUGUGGCAAGGCUACUUACGGUACGAUGGACGGAGCGGUGCUCAUCAACGGGGUCCCUGGGGACAUAUCCUCGAUCCAGUCCCUCACGGGCUUCGUCCCGCAGGACGACAUAGUGCACGAGCAGCUGACCGUCCGCGAGCAGAUCCGCUUCUCCGCGGAGCUGCGGAACGAGGUCGGCACCACCAGUCGGAGGUUGAACAACAUCACCGAGGACGUGUUGAACGUCAUGCAGCUCCUGCAGGUGCAGGGCAGCAUCGUUGGGGGCGUGCGCAGGAGGGGCAUCAGCGGCGGCCAGCGGAAGAGGGUCAACGUCGGCCUCGAGCUGGCCUCGCAGCCGACGGUGCUCUUCCUGGACGAGCCCACCAGCGGCCUCGACUCCACCAGCUCACUCGCGGUAGUUCUCUCCCUCAAGAAGAUGUGCCAGCUCGGCAUGACCAGCAUCAUGGUCAUCCACCAGCCGCGCUACUCGCUCUUCACGCUCUUCAGCGACGUGCUCCUGCUGGGCAAGGGCGGUCGCACCGUGUACCUCGGCCCCUCGACAGGAGCCAAGGUGUACUUCGAGGGCGAGGGCUUUGGGAUGCCGACCGAUGAGAACCCCGCAGACUGGUUCAUGGACGUGAUAUGUGGCGAAGUUCCCAACAAGAAUGUCCCCGACUUCAAGCCCCCGAUGCUGUUCGACAUGUGGAAGAAGAGCGCGCGGAAAGUGGGAAGGAGCGUCACUCCUGGCGGGAGCGAGUCGAGCUCGGCCUCCUGGCUGCAGAACCAGGAGCGGCAGAUGGACGACUCGGACGACCGCCAGGUGCUCGAGGAGGCCCUGACCGUGGAGUGGGACAACAUGGACACCAACAACGACGGUGUCCUAAACAGAGAGCAGUUGAAACUCCUGCUGGCGACGUGUGCUCGGCAGAUCCCGCCGGACGACGUCGUGGAGGAGCUCAUGGAGCGCAUGAGCCAGACACCCGACACCGUGACGAAGGAGGAAUUCGUCAGCUAUCUGUUGAACCUGAGGCAUUCCAUCGCCGCGGACCAUACCGCCACCGCAACGGUCUCCAUACCGCCAUCGCAACGGGCGCUCGGUUCGAGAUCGAGGAGCGGAAGGUCGCUGGACAGCACGAGCUCCGCGAGCGAGACCGACUCGGAGGAGGACUUCAGCAGCGACUGCGGCGACGACGCCACGCUGGGCGGCUCCCCCCGGCAGGUGAGGUUGCAGCGCAGGCUGCCCGGCUUCUGGCGCCAGCUGAGGCCGCUGUUCCAGCGAAGCCUCGUCCUCUUCAGCCGGAAGGACGAGCAGCGCAUCGGCUUCCUCGUGGCUCUGUCGCUGGGCGCGGUCGUCCUCGGGCUCAACGACAAGUGCAUCUGCAAGGUGCAGCGAUGGGAGGCCAACGCGUACCUCAACACCCACACUGCGCUGUCCCUGUUGACGUCGAUCUUCUGCCUGGCGACCUACGGCAGCGACCAGCCGGUCUUCCUGCGCGACCGUGCAUCUGGGCAGAACGUGUUCGCGUAUUGGCUCUCGCGGCAGGUCGUCGACUUGUUCGACCUCACGCUGCAGACCUUCACGUUCACAGCGCUGUACUUCGUAAUCUUCCAGCCGCGGGUCGGCUUCUUCUGGUACGGCGUGCCGUUCGACCUUGUCACUUGGGCAGCAUCUGGGUGGGGCUACGUCAUAUCGACCCUCGUGCCUCCAGAGCACGGCGCGUUCAUCACCGCGUUGUUGAUCUUUGUAGUUUGCGGCCUCUUCGGCAACCCCGCGAACCUCCAGCAGUUCUUCGCGAGCAAGACCAUGGAGGUCUUCGUCUCGUGUGUGUCCAUCACGCGGUGGAGCGUGGGGAUGAGCUUUCUAUGGGCCAAUGAAAGCAACCACGAGAUCAUCACCGAGCCCGUCGCGCUCAGCACGUUCAACAUGGAGUACAAGGCGUACACAUCCGGAUGGGGCGGCGAAGAUGACUACUGGAGCAUUGGGUUCAUCGCCCUCGGCAUCAUGGGCCUCGCGCUUCGGGUCGUGAGCUUGUUACUUCUCACGUUCUUGCCGCGCAACCGUGCCGUUUAAACUUUUGUCAGGGGCGUUAUCGCGCAGCGGCGCAGCGAUCCAGCUGUCGACUGACGGCGCGUGUUUUUGACCCAGAGUUUGCACACAGCUUAUGUGGCCGAGAAGCUUGCGUGCCCGAUAACUAUCAGGAGGGAAAACAC